CCAGUCGCGACUUAAUGACGCAACACUUUUGACAUUGGCAUGGAGAAUGAUAGAAGGCUGACACAGUUUUUGCUGUAGUUAUGGCUCUUCCUCGGCUUUCGAGGUCCUUUACUGGGCUUCUCGUUGAGACAUCGUGCUUAAUUCAUCAGAGGACUUUUAGUGUAUCCACUGUUGCAGCAGCCAUUCAAAAAUUGACGAGAGUGCGUGUUGUGGACAACAGCUCUCUUGGAAAUACACCGUAUCAUCGUUCGCCAAGAGUCAUCCACGUCUACACCAAGAAUGGCAUCGGGAAAGUUGGCGACAAGGUGUUGCUUGCCAUCAAAGGACAGAAGAAGAAAGCGCUAAUCAUCGGACACAAAAUGCCUGGAGAAUGCAUGACUCCACGCUUUGAUUCAAACAACGUUGUCCUAAUUGAGGACAAUGGUAAUCCUACAGGAACAAGGAUUAAGGUCCCUAUACCCACACAGCUACGCAAAAUGGAGGGAGAUUACUCCAAAGUAUUGGCAAUUGCUAGUUCAUUUGUAUAACUGUGGGAAGUAUGUGAACAUUGUAUGCGUGUUAUGUUGUCUUCAAUAAAUUUAAAAGGAACACGUUGCA